AUGAAGAGACCUCGAGCUCCGUCUCCACCGUCAAUUUCUACCGCCGCGAAGCCACCACUUUCACCACCGGCGACUCCGAUUCUCAAACAGAAGCUACACAGAACAGGAAAACCAAAUUGGUUCCCGUUGAAACUCACACAGACGGAGCUUACUUUACCGUUAACUUUUCCGACCGGUCAAACAUUUCGGUGGAAGAAAACUGGAGAGAUUCAGUAUAGCGGAUCGAUUGGGCCUCAUCUCGUCUCUCUCCGACAACGUCCAGGAGACGACACAGUUUCCUAUUGUGUCCAUUGCAGCACUAACCCUAAAGCUGCGGAGGUUGCGCUGCUCGAUUUUCUCAAUUCCGAGAUCUCUCUAGCUGAGUUAUGGUCGGAUUUCUCGAAUAAGGAUCCUCGUUUCGGAGAACUGGCGAAACAUCUCCGUGGCGCGCGUGUGUUGAGGCAGGAUCCGCUUGAGUGUUUGAUACAGUUUUUGUGCUCGUCGAAUAAUAACAUUGCGAGGAUUACGAAGAUGGUGGAUUUCGUUUCUUCUUUAGGGUUACAUUUGGGUGACAUUGAUGGAUUUGAGUUUCAUCAGUUCCCUUCAUUGGACCGGUUAUCUAGGGUUUCUGAGCAAGAGUUUAGAAAAGCUGGUUUUGGUUACAGAGCGAAAUACAUUACAGGUACAGUAAGUGCCUUGCAAUCAAAACCAGGUGGUGGCGAUGAAUGGCUUCUGUCUCUACGAAAAAUGGAUCUCCAAGAUACAAUUGCUGCUCUGUGUACAUUACCCGGUGUCGGUCCAAAGGUUGCAGCGUGCAUAGCUUUGUUUUCUGUCGAUCAGCAUAGUGCCGUUCCCGUUGACACACAUGUCUGGAAGAUCGCCACAAGGUACCUUCUGCCAGACCUUGCUGGUGCCAAACUGACACAUAAACUCUGCAGCCGAGUGGCAGAAGCAUUUGUCAGUAAAUAUGGCGAAUAUGCUGGUUGGGCUCAAACAUUGCUUUUCAUUGCUGAGUUACCCGCACAAAAAGCUCUUUUGCAGUCGUUUUCCCAGCCUACCGAACUGGAUGAAUCUGCGGAAAGAAAAGGUAAUGAAGCUAGCUUUGACGCGAUGAGGCCUUGA